AAAUACACAUCGCAGAUUAAUAAAAGUGAUAUUUAUUAUUAUAGGUACUAUGAUAAUCCAAGGCCUUGCAUCCGUGACAUUCUGGAUAGUGCAUCUAGUUUCACUGCCAGCAUGAACAGAAGUUUGAAGAUGGGUCUGAACAGGGCCUGUCGGAUAACUGUCAACUUCAGAACAGAUGUGUUCCGCUUCCUGUUCAGAGAUAAAGGCACACCCUAUGAACAUGGACCAGGGUAUCUGUAUAACCUGGAGGAUUUUGAUGCCAGCUACUUCCCACACAACUGGCACAAGAUACAUGAUCGUCUGGGUGAUGGGUGCGAAGUGAAAUUCCCUAUACGUCUUCACAACAGACUGAAGUGGGAUGCUACAGUACACAUCAGGGACGAAACAACAGACUGUCUUGUCCAAAAGAAGAAGACAUUUGACGAAGUUUGCACAAUUUGGCUCGUUAAACAGCGCAUUUAGACGUACAUCUUCUGUUUGACCAACAUCCUUCCUGUGUGUAUUGAUAUUACAAAACUGAACAUUUACUUACUAUCAUCUUUUUGUCCCUCUUCUCUGAUCGUCGUUCUUGGAAAGGACGCGUGUACUUUGACCCAACCGCACGUGCCUAUAUUCUAAAUAAAGCACUCUGAAGCACCGAGCUUGGCGUAGACUAGGCAAAAGAAAAGACACAGAGACAGGAAUGAUGCAGCUACUGAGUGAAAACCCCGCAAUGGAUCUGUCCAACUGCUCCAGCCGCUUCUCAGUGCGUAGGACUUCACCGCAGGGAUCGUGCCUGUUGCUGGAGUAGAAGUGGUGUUUGGCUGUGUCAUUGUUCUUCUCAACACCUAUGAUGGUUGCCAUGUUGCCGGAGUUGUGAGGGAACGUGGUACACCAUACAAUGGAUGUAUGGUGUCACGAACUUCUUCUGGAAUCCUUCCAGCCUCUCUUCAUGUCCAAGCUUCAGGAAUUCCUCCAACCAUAGUUUUCCCUAGCAAAAUACGAUGAGAGGGAGCCUCUGAACAGAUGUGUUUGUACAGGGCCAGAAAGUUCUGCAUGUUAAUGUGUUCGUGGCAUGUGUUUGCUGGAAAGAUGGAGUGUAGCUUGGUUGGGAGCAGCUCUAGUACCAUCAGGUUCUGGGCUCGAUUUAGAGAAGUCCACUCGUACAUGCCAGUAACUCCCUUCCCAUUCUCGUUCCGCACCUACAUAGGUUAUAGGACUGAACCAGUUGUUGCAGCUCUGGGAUGUGUGUGCCUCUCCUUCCCCUCCGUAGUCCACUCUCCUGGUCCAGGUGAUCAGCGAGGUGAAUGAUGUUUCUCACCAGCACAUCAGAGACUCUCAGGAGCUUGGAGAAGGCACAGUUUGUUGUGAGGGAGGACAGAGUUCGCAGAGUUCCAUUGGGAGGAGGUGUGUUGUACACAGCCUCUGGUACACUUGUAUCCCACCUGUGGAACCAAAAAUUGUAAACUGUAUGUUCCAUAAUUCAAGUAUAACCUUUUAUCCUUUGCCACUGUGCACCACACACAUGCGUAUGUGGCGUUGGCUUUGUUCAGCCCCAUCACAAGUGCAAGGAACUAAGAGAAAUAGAGUGAACAGUAGGGUUAAAGUUAGUAAUCAGAAGUCAAACCUACCUUAUAGUCUGAACCAAACACAAUGUCCAGCUCUACCUCACUCCCAUUGACAGACAGCUUUGGGUUGCUUAUCAGCUCAUUGAGCUCUUCCCAGACAGGCUCAAAACAUGCCUUCAGGAAUUCAUACUCCUCUGCCCCUCUCACUGAAGCGAAGGUGUGGUUCCCUGCAUGAACAUUGUUGGCGAGUCCUGGAAAUGAAAAUGUCAGGAAAACCAUGGUGGCUGAUGCAGCUAUUACAGCACCAUCCCCUGAGAAUUUGAUGGUCACUCUAGAUGGCUGUGCUCCUGAUGUCGCAAGCUGAAGUAGUGGUUUUCAUUUUAUGACAACGUUUAGUUUAAAUACUUACAGUGUCCCCAAGGGUCUUUGUUACUGUGUUUCUUA